UCUUCAUGGAGCCACCACGGGUUGGUUCUUCAAGUUAUGAUGUGUUUAUCAACUUCAGAUCGAGGCGAAGACACCCGCAAUACGUUUGUUGCUCACCUUCACAUGGCUCUAAAGGAUCGUGGAAUCCAUGCUUUCAUUGACAGCAAAGAUCUGUGGAAAGGUGAAGAUAUUGAGCCCGCACUUCUCGGAGCAAUAAAAGCCUCCAAGCUUUCAAUUGCUGUCUUCAGUUAAAGAUACGCAGAAAGCAGUUGGUGCCUCAGGAAGCUCUCUCAGAUGCUGGAAUGUCAUAGAACCAAUGCUCAAAAAUCAUUUUCCCCAUUUUCUUCAAGGUCAACACAUCAGACGUUAAGAAUCAAACUGGAUGUUUGUUUUGAGAUUUCACCUCAGAGACAUGGGAAGGAGGCACCUCAAACUCUACAGAGAUGGAAGGACACUUUGCGAGCGGUAGGAGAUAAGAGUGGAUGGGUUUUCAAUUGUAGGGAUGAUCAAUCAGAGUUAGUCGAGGAAGUUGUUCAAAAAACUUGGAUUCGAUUGAAUAUAGUCCCCUUGAUUGAUGUUAAACAUCUUGUUGGAUUUGAAUCUCGCGUAGAAUCUGUAUUAUCUAUCUUAUCAAGUACAUCAAAUACCAGCUCUGAGGAUAUUCAAUUUCUAGGGAUAUGUGGUCAGGGUGGCAUUGGGAAGACAACCAUUGCGUCGAUUGUAUACAUCGGCAUGUCUAAAAAUUUUAGCAAGAGUUGUUUUCUUGAAAACGUUAGAGAGGAAGCAUCACAAUCCAAUGGUAUUGCUUGUUUGCAAGAGAGAUUUCUUUACGGUAUCUCUCGGGUAGAAACAAAAAUAUGCAGUUCCAGAGAAGGAUCGAGGUUGAUAAAGGAAAGACUUCAAAAUGUGAAAACUCUUCUUAUGCUUGAUGAUGUGGGUGAUCGUACACAAUUAGAUGCAUUGGCUCGUGAUCUCAAUUGGUUUGGCUCUGGAAGUAAGAUACUCAUAACAACUAGAGAUCAAAGUGUUCUAAGUGGAAUACCGAUUAAUAUAUAA